AUGUCGACCGAAGACUUCGCCGGCCUCAUGUUCACCGACCCCGUCCUCUGCUUGAUCGACACGCCCGAGACACCUUCGCCUUCGCCGCCGCUCGCGAACGCAAUCAGCAUCUGGCACACCUCGAACGUCCUCUUCGCCAUCGCGGCGUCGUCGACGACUACGACUCUAGUCAAGACUCUCUGGAAGGCGCCAGGCGCUGCUUACUACUGGACGCUGCCAUGCGCUGGCAAGGAGGAGAUCAAGAACGUUCUUCACUUGCUGGGCCACUUCAAGGACUCCGUCGAGGAGCCGAACACCAUUGCGCGACCGCUCCGACUCAGCGAGCACACUCGCCCGACCGCACUUCUCUCCGGAGGCGCUGCCUACAACGCCGGAGCCCGCCUCGGACCCGCUACUGGCGUCGAUGAGGUGGCCAACUUCGGCGAGGACGAUGAGGAUUUCGAGCUCGAGGAGUCGGAGGACGCGCUUGACAUCGCCGUCGGCCGCGACUGCUUUUCCGUCGAGCCGGGUGAGACCUUCACGCCGCUCGAGCUCUUCCGCCUCCUCGGCCCAAGCUUCGGCCUGUGCUUCAAUCUGCAGCUCAAGAAGGGCACCAACCCGGGCGACGAGCUGCGACGCUUCAUCAAGCCGUCCUCCCUCUCGCUGCGUAACGUCACCGAUUUUUUCAGCGGCGUUGCGUUCCAUCCCCUAGGCGAGCCUGGCGGUCUCCACUUGUUCAGCUACGAGGUGCCGGAUGGCCCACAGCCGUCGGGGAACGAGCCGAGUUCUGCGAGGGUGAUUCCGACUCGCUUCCUUUGGGCGGCGAUCCGCGAGCGCUUUGCAGUCCUGACGGAGCCGUUGUUCUGA